GGAGCGCUCGCCCAGACCCGCGCCGCGAGCUCGCGGAUGCUCUGGGAUUCACUUUGGUGAGUGCAAACGUUCUCCUCUCUCGCCGCUUCUGAAGGCUCGGGUCUCUGGCCUGAGUGUUUCUUUAGCAGGAAAACUUUACUGUGAUUUCAUUUCCCCCUUCGAGGAAGGAGUCAAAGUUCCGCGAGCUGGUGCCUCCCGGGUGAAGGGAGGUGUCCGCCGGCGGGGUUCCCGGCCCCAGCAUGUGCACCAACAUAGUUUACGAGUGGCUGAAAGCGCUGCAGCUCCCGCAGUACGCGGAGUCCUUCGUGGAUAACGGCUACGAUGACCUGGAGGUGUGCAAGCAGAUCGGGGACCCGGACCUGGAUGCCAUCGGGGUGCUGGCGCCCGCGCACCGCCGCCGCGUCCUGGAGGCCGUGCGCCGUCUGCGGGAGCAGGACGCCGCCGCCGCCGGCCUCUACUUCACCCUUGAGCCGCAGUCCGCGUCGCCCGUGGACUCCGUCCCCGCCGGCCGCCGGGGGGAGCCGUGCUGCGGCGCGUCCCAGGGCACCCGCGGGGACCCUCGUGCCCAGACCACCGCCCCCCGCAGCAGGGAGCUGGUGAGCUACCCUAAACUCAAGCUGAAGAUCAUGAUCAGGGAUAAGCUCGUCCGUGACGGCAUCCACCUGAGCAAGCCCCCGUACUCCCGCAAGGUCCCCAUGGCCGGCAUCCUAGAGUACUUAAUGAAUUGGCCGAAGUCAUCACAGAACCGCUAGAUAUCAUUUUUGAGAACUCGUGGAGGACUGAUGAGGUGCCGGAAGACUGGAAAAGGGCAUAUGUAGAACCUUCUUUCAAAAAGGGAGAUGCAUGGUGACCUUGGAAAUACUCAUCAGCUUAACUUUUUGCUUGGAAAAAUUCUGGAAUGAUCAACUUAGUAAACUGGGUAAUGACUUAUAAGAGCUAGAAAAAAGGCAGCAAAAUGUCACAUGGAAAGAAACUCUGAGCUCAUUUGUAAGAGGAUAUGCUGUCAUGAGACACAGUCUCUUGGGAUUCUUCCCUUCAUUUUGUGAUAUUUCUUGGUGAAAAUAGAUGAGGUGGCUAAAGCAUCCGGAUAAUAACUCAUUUUAAGUAUAAUCCAAGAAAGUAGGUGUCUUACAUCAAUUAGAAAUUAUAUCAUUUUCAAUUAGCUUUCAUCUUGCACACAGUAGCCUUAAUUUUAUGUUUUAAUAUACAUAUUAUUUUUCUUCAUAUAGGACUUUGUUUUCAUUAAGGUGUGGUAUUUCAUAUAAUUCUAUAUAGAAUGGUGAGGGAAUUCAUAUUUUAGCGUGCUUUUCAUAGUUAUUUCAUAUAGAGGCACAGUCAUAAAGCUGACAAAUGAAGGAACAUCCCCAAGGGAAGAGCAUUUCUUCUCAAUUUUUUUAAAAAACUUGAUCUGGCUAAGGUUUAUUGGGAAGACUAAUGAGAGUGUCAAGGUUUGACAUACACUAAGUAAAUGCCAGCUGUUUUACUAUGCAGUGAAUGCUCCUCCCUGGUGGGGACUGCCCCGGACCCAGCCCUUCCUGAGCUAAUGCCUUAUCUUGCCUCCGACCUCAGUGGGCUUCCUGCUGCAGGCCUGGGGAUGGCAAGGCAGGCAGUCAGCUCAGAAGCCCUAUCUACCAACAACUGGGAAGGAGACUAGAUGGGGGAGGGAGAUUAAGGUGAACCUGGAGUUUUUUUCUAAUUUGUUUUUCUAAUUGUUAUUUCCUUUGGGUAUUGGUAGUUUUAUUUUCUGUUUGGAAAAUGCAGCCAUGUUGAUGGGACCAAAGCAUAGUUGAAAGGAGAUCAUGGAAGGAAGAUACAGAUGAUGCAACAUGUUCUUGGGGCUGGCAACCUUUGAGCGCCUAGAGCAGGACUGUGUUCUGCUACUUAGAAAGAUAUGAAAGAUAUAAAUUCACAUCAGCAUUGCCAUGAAGAAGGAUAGGAAGCUCUCAAAGGAAAAGAGAGUCACAUUUAUUCUGUCCUCCUGGUACUCAGGGGUCCCUAGAAAGGAAUUAGGUCUCUAAGGGCUAUCUUAACACAGUACUGUUAAAAAAAAAUCCAAGAUUAGAAUUAAGUUAGGCACUGAGUAAAAUCUGGCUCUUUAAUCCAAAUGUAAGGAAAUUAAAUUCUGAAAGUAUUAAACCAUCAUAGCUUGCAGUUUUGUAAGGAUUGUAUUCCAAACAACUCUCCUCACCUUUUUGAAAGUAAAAUGGUAUCUUUAAAAUUUCUAAACUAGAUUAAGGGGUAGGAGAGUCUGUGUAGAUUCCUGAUGCAGUUUAUUGUGAUAAUAAAUGGCUUCCUGUUUGAGACCUUAUUUCCCGGUGCAGCCCCUGUGGCAGAUUUAUUUCACAGAUGUACAUCUGCAUACACUUGUUGAACUAUGGCUAGAAAAGAUCCCAUCUCUGAAAAAUCUAUUAUUUUUACCCUGGGUGUUAUGAUGCAAUCUACUGCAACCAAAAAAUGGCCUUUAGGUCAUUUCAAGUUUUGUUUUCCAUUUGAGUAAUGUCUAACUCCAAUUAUUUUGUCAAAUUUAAAUCUCUCUGUGUCUGCUAUUGGAAUUUGAAAUUAACAGGUCUACCUAGUUAAGGGGCACAAUUUAGAAUGGUAGAAAAACUAAUGGAUCUGAUAGACUCCUUAGUUAAAGCUAGAGGAAGAAAACUUUAAGCAAAAAAACAUUGAAGGAAGCCCACUAAUCCUUUGCAUGAAAUUAAAAUGAGGUAAGACAGGGCUUGGAAUUUAGCUCAGUGGUUCUAGUGCCUGCCUUGUAAGUGCAAGGUCCUGAGUUUGAUCCCCAGUACAAAAAAAAAAAAAAAAGAUGAGG